CUUUAAAUCUGUUCACUCGUGAUACUCAUGCUGUUAAGUCUUCCAGAGAGUCAAACAAACAACCAAGAUGCCUGUCGACUACAGUGGGACAUGGGACAUUGGCAGCAAUGUCAAUUUUGAGGGAUACAUGGUUGCACUUGGCAUUGAUUUUGCGACACGCAAGAUUGCCUCCAUGUUGAAGCCCCAGAAAGUGAUUAAGCAAGAUGGAGAUUGUUUCACAAUCAGGACUUUCACUACUUUCAAAAAUUACGAGUGUUCAUUCAAAAUUGGAGAAGAGUUCAAAGAGGUGACUAAAGGAAUGGACAACAGGUUAUGCCAGACUGUGGUCAACUGGGAAAAUGAUAAGCUGGUGUGUGUUCAGAGAGGAGAGAAGAAGAACCGAGGGUGGACUCACUGGAUUCAGGGAGACGAGCUUCAUCUGGAGCUUACUUGUGAGGAUCAAGUCUGCAAGCAAAUUUACAAAAGGGCUCUGUGAUCUUGUCUUUUAAAACCAUUUCAGACUUCAGAGAACUUCCUUUGCAGUAUUUACAUGAAACGAGCUAGCUAGCAUAAGCCACAUAAAGUAGCUUCUAUACUUAACAAAGAGCAUGCAAUUUGUAAUGUGUGUGACAUUUAAACAUUGUUGUACCUCCACCGGACUACACAAUGAUGCUAUAAAACUUGUACAUUAAAAAAGGAAUUAAACUCAA